AUGGUGCAAGAUUCACGAGUGGAUGUAUACACAGACAGCAUGGCUGUGAUUGGUUCUUGGAGUAGCCAGGCAAAAGGUCAUGUGUACGAUAAUAGUUCCUAUGAUGGAACCCUUACCUAUAUGGUGGCCAAAGUUGAUAAUCCAGGACAAAUUGAGAUUGACUGGGACAUAAUAGAUAGGAGGCUUUUGGAACUGGACGGGAAAAUUGUUACUUCUUUAAAGUGUAAAAAAAGAAACAGUCUUGUAGAAUCUUUUCUUGGAUUUUUGAAAGCAUCCCCUGGGUCUCCAACUCUAUUGUCAUGCACUCCAAAUGAUAUCCGGAGGUUUUUAGUUCGGAAAGAUCUAAAGGGGAAGACUACAAUCCAUAAAAAAGAUUGUGAAAAGUUAGGUUUGAAAGGUGAUUUUGAUUGUGGUUGUCCUAAGAGACUUGCUUCAGGAACAGUAGAAAAUUUAAUUCACCAGUUGAAUAACAUUUUUUAUGAAUUUGGGCGUGGAAAGAUAUGGGAUGUAUUGCUUUCAAAGGGAAACCCGGCAGCUUCACCAAUGGUGAAAGAAUACCUCAAGUUAAUUAGGGAGGAACAAGCAAAAGCAAACGUAUUACCAAAACAAGCAAAACCAAUUUUCUUAUCAAAAGCUAAGGCAAUAGCUUUAUUUAUAAAUAGAGAAUUAGAUAGAUGUGAUUUGACUCUCAAAGAAAAAUUUGUUUUGAUUCGAGAUCAAGCAUGGAUAAAAGUUCAGUUCUUUGCAGGUGACAGGGCUGGUGAUUUGUCCAAUGUAGUUUCUCAGGAGGUCAAUAUUCUAGAGGAUGGUUCUGGUUUGGUAUUCCAGCAUACAUUUGGUAAAACAUUGAGGGGUGGAAAGGGAAAGAACAAUUCUUUUGUAAUAAAAAGGUGUGAAGACAUAGUGGUAUGUCAGGUCAAGGGUUUGUUAGAUUAUUUUAUAUUAGCCAAAAAAUUGAAGGUGGAUCUUUCAAAGGGAUAUUUGUUUAGAAUUGUGUCAGAGAAUGGAAGGGUUUUAGAUAAAAAUGUUAGUUACUCUGUAGUUUAUGAAAGACUGUUAUAUUAUCUUUCAACUUUAGGUAUUUACGAGGGCGAAACACCUCAUAGUUUCAGAGCUGGUUGUGCAAUUACAAUGGCUUUGUCAGGAUCUGCUGAAAAUGUAGAUCAGGUGAUGAGACACAUUGGUUGGUUUGGCAAGUCAAGCGCAGAGUAUUAUAGUAGAAUGCAUACAAUGAUCGAUUCAGGUGUUGUUGCUACAAAGUUAGGAGAAUCUGUAUUUCAGGGAAAUGGGAUUGAAUCUCAGUAUAAAGGAAAGGCAGAUUAUGAUUCUUUGAGUAAAGCCUUUCAGUGAAGAAUGGAACAUUUAAUGAUAAUGUAUGUGAGUGUGAUUAAUGCUGAUAGAGGAUGUUAUUUGUCUUCCUUUAUGACCAUAUUUGAAGGACAUAAUCAUAUAUGAAACUAAGAUUAUGUUUA